CGCUGAUGUGUUUUUGACAGAACGUAUGAUGUUGUUAUUGGUUGUCAGGGUCUACGUAUGGUUUAAUAGAAUAAAUCCCUUUAUUCGUUUUACCUAGUAUCUUUACAUUUAUAUUUGUAGGUAGUCAAGCCGUCGAGAAUACGGCUAUGGAUAAUGUUGCUACAGAAAGGAGAGCUGAGGAAAGUCAUAGACAAGACAGCGCAGAUCUUCUUAUUUUCAUAAUGCUCUUAACGCUCACUAUUCUAACUAUUUGGCUGUUUAAACACCGUCGUUUUCGAUUUUUACACGAAACAGGAUUGGCUAUGAUUUAUGGUCUGUUGGUGGGGGUGAUACUUCGCUUUGGGGUUCAUGUGCCACGAAAUACGAACAAUGUGACUAUGAGUUGCAGUGUGAAUGCCAGCCCUGCAACUCUUCUGGUGAACGUCAGUGGGCGCUUCUAUGAGUACACUCUGAAGGGUGAAGUCAGCACGGUCAAGGGGCCCGAAGUGCAGGAUGAUGAGAUGCUUAGGAAGGUGACCUUUGACCCUGAAGUAUUUUUCAACAUAUUGCUUCCUCCAAUCAUCUUCUAUGCUGGCUACAGCUUGAAACGGCGACACUUCUUCAGAAACCUGGGGUCCAUCCUUGCGUACGCUUUUAUGGGGACAGUCAUAUCGUGCUUUGUCAUUGGGCUGGUUAUGUACGGCUGUGUUUCUUUAAUGAAGACAGUUGGGCAGUUGGGAGGGGACUUCUUCUUUACCGACUGCCUCCUUUUUGGUGCCAUUGUUUCAGCCACAGACCCAAUCACAGUGCUUGCCAUAUUCAACGAGCUCAAGGUGGAUGUGGACCUCUAUGCCCUGAUGUUUGGAGAGAGCGUCCUCAAUGACGCCGUGGCCAUCGUCCUGUCUUCGUCCAUAGGUGCCUACCAGCCAGCUGGGGACAACAGUCACACGUUCGACGCCACAGCAUUGAUCAAGUCCUUCGGCGUCUUCCUUGGAGUCUUCAGUGGUUCUUUCGCCCUCGGAGUGGCUACGGGCGUCAUGACUGCACUGGUCACCAAGUUCACCAAGCUGCGCGACUUCCCCUUGCUGGAGACGGCCCUCUUCUUCCUGAUGUCGUGGAGCACCUUCCUGCUGGCCGAGGCCUGUGAAAUGACCGGUGUGGUGGCGGUGUUGUUCUGUGGCAUGACCCAGGCUCACUACACUUACAACAACCUCUCUCCUGACUCCCAGAACAGGACCAAACAGCUGUUUGAGCUCCUGAAUUUCCUGGCUGAGAACUUCAUCUUUUCCUACAUGGGCCUGACACUGUUCACCUUCCAGUCCCAUGUGUUCAACCCCAUGUUCAUCAUCGGAUCAUUUAUUUCAAUAUUUCUUGGCAGGGCGGCCAACAUCUACCCCCUCUCGUUUCUGCUCAAUUUGGGCCGUAAGAACAAAAUUGGGUCUAACUUCCAGCAUGUCAUGAUGUUUGCCGGCCUGCGGGGAGCCAUGACCUUUGCCCUCUCUAUCCGGGACACGGCGACAUAUGCCCGGCGGAUGAUGUUUUCCACCACUCUGCUUAUCGUAUUCCUGACUGUGUGGGUGUGUGGGGGCGGGACCACCCCAGUGCUGUCCUUCAUGAGCAUACGUGUGGGAGUGGACUCAGACCAAGAUAAUUCUGUGAAUGCAUUAGACGGUAUCCAACGUAGGGACACCGAACACGAGAGGGCCUGGCCUUUCAGGAUGUGGUACAACUUCGACCAUACCUACCUGAAACCCCUAUUAACCCACAGUGGCCCUCCCCUCACCGCCACCCUGCCUGCCUGCUGUGGCCACUUGGCACACUGUCUAACCAGCCCUCAGGCAUAUGAGAACGAAGGGCGUCUGCACAACGAUGACUCCGACGACCUGGUCCUGAAUGACGGCAAUGCCACCAUGUAUGAGGAUGUGACUGUGAGCACCGACGCCUUGGGAACCCGUACCGCCAACCCCAAACACUCCCGCAUGCCAGCGUUUGGAGAACAUGAACUGGUAGUCAGGGGAACAUGUCUGGUCAUGCAACUGGAUGACCCCACUAUGAGCACGCCACCUCCUGCCACCUCCCCCCCACCAUUCUCCGACCCCUUUGUAGACCCCUUCUCUGAACCCAGACGCAACAGACUUUGAAAAGUGCCAAAAGUGUGUGUGUGUACGAUUUAUUUAUUUGUCCUUAUUUUGUUGCGAUGCCAUUUGGUGUGAUACUCAAUGUUGCUAUUACCCCACAUGAAUAUUCUCGGGUUUCAAGAGCCAUGUCUACCUAUUUUUCCCGUCCAGAGACGUAUAUUUAUAUUGUAUGGGUGUUUUGUACUUCAUGGGCUGGGAGUAGCUUCGGAUGCACUGUAGUUGAUGUUAGGAGUUCUGAAAAAUGUGCUGCUCUCUUUUCUUUACCUGACCACUACUGCCUGAUGUUAGGGGAAUUGUCAUUUACAGCUGAGAUGUUUGUGUUGGGGCUAUAGGUGGCUGAACUGUUUUGAAGUGCCUAAUGAUAAAAUGUCUAUCUAGAUGUGUACAUAUAGAUAAUAAUAUGCAUUGUUAUAACUUGGAACCCAGCUCAAUGUAUUAACAAGACCCUGCAAGAUCUAAUGUGUAUUAUGAAUACUAUUCAGAAGUGGUCAUAUUUGCAAUAGUUUGUAGGAUUACAUCUUCAAAAUGUGUGGAUGGGCUCCAACAUUGCUAGUUGGAACUGUUAUUCUGAUCACCUGCCUGCUAUGCAGGAUUUGUUUUAUUUUAUUUCUUUAAAGAUAUACACCUGCCUAACCCUUUCCUUUUUAGACAGGUAGGCAGCUUCCAAUAUUCAGAUUUUGACAUUUGUUUAUGUUUUAAAUGUUUUUUUUUUAUUGUAAUCCUUAUGUAAUAUUAACCACUUAAGCUUACUAAUGUGGUGAUAGACCUGACAAGAUGGUACAUAGUGUACAAUAAAUCUAAUAUGUAAUCAAA